AAUGCCGUUUUCCUUCAACGGUUCAAUCCAACUGGAAUCUUUUCCUGGAUUUCGUGGCACUCCACUCUGCCUCUUGGUUACAUUGUAUCCAUCUCCAGUGCUGAAAGAUAUACACGGUCAUCAAGAAGAUACGAGGAAACGCAACCAAAGGAAAUAACAUGUUUUGGAAAUCGUCUCGGUUUUGGAUUUACUGUUGGGAAAAUUAAGAUCGUUAAACUUGAAUUUCGAGAAUAUGCCCAUUUUAGCCGGUAUUUCCAUUUUGGAACGGGAUCCUGAAGUGUGAUGGCUGCAGUCCAGUGAAUUGCUGGCCUUUCCUUUCUCCUGCUGCUGGAUGCCUUGGGAGUACAACGAUUUGAGUUGGUUUUUAUCAACGAUUGUGUAUAAUUCACGACUAUAUAUACUUUCUGUAUUUAUGGAAUGUACAUAAUACGUCGUUGGAUUGGGGUUAGCAAGCGGGGGCAAGAUGUGGGUAUCUGGGAAGUUGAUAUCAGUACCUUGAGGCGGCUGAAACCCCUUUCCCACAUCCAACGGUCUGAGGACUCAGACCUCAGUGUGAUUUUCCUGGGCUGGUGGCACUAAAAUGUCCCUAAGUGGUGGCACUGCAGGCGGGAAAGGUGUGGACUCGAAUGCGGUGGACACUUAUGAUAGCGGUGAUGAGUGGGAUAUCGGCGUUGGAAAUCUAAUUAUUGACCUCGACGCUGACUUAGAGAAGGACAAACUUGAGAUGUCUGGCACCAAGGAGGGCGGCAUGGCGGCGCCCCCCAGUGCCGUUGCAGCUUUGCCAGACAACAUCAAAUUUGUGAGCCCAGUGCCUGCCCCUCAGGGAAAGGAAAGUAAAUCGAAAUCAAAACGCAGCAAGAACUCUAAAGACAAUAGCAAGACUCCUACUGGAGAUGGAGCCAAGAAAGAGUCCCAGAGCCGACCUCAAGCAGAGGCUACUGGCACCACAGCAAGUGCAGUAGGCACUGGAAAUUCCACGCCCAUCAAGGGUGUCGAGAAGGGUGCGAAAGCUUCACGAAGCGUACCCAACACCAAGAAGGAUAAGGACGGAUCAAGUGGGAAAAGCAAGAAGGAAAAGGAGGUUCUGGGAGGCCCCGUGGCAGUGGUUGCCAUUGAGAGGGAAGUGGCAGCUCAAGCUCAAGCACUUGGAGGUACCCGUAAUGCGUCCUUUGAGAACACUCAGAGUGCAGCAGACUCAACUGAGGCUGAAGAACAUGGGAAUAACACCUUGGAGCCUGUAGGGAUUUUACCCCCACUGGCUAUUAAAACUGAGCCAGAGGAACUGGACAAUAGUGACUGCAGAGCUCUUAAGAAGGUGAAAAAUGAAAAGAUGGAGUCUCCCGUCUCCACGCCGGCCCCGCCCCCGCCCCCGCUCCAUCUCUUGGCUCCAGUGGGCACGGCCACUGACAUUGCUUCGCCCUGCGAGCAGAUCAUGGUGCGCACGCGCUCUGUGGCCGUGAACACGGCUGAAGUGUCUCUGGCCACCGAGCCCGAGUGCCUGGGCCCCUGUGAGCCCGGCACCAGCGUCAACCUGGAGGGCAUCGUCUGGCAGGAGACAGAGGAUGGCAUGCUGGUGGUGAACGUGACCUGGAGGAAUAAGACGUAUGUCGGGACACUGUUGGAUUGUACCCGGCAUGACUGGGCACCUCCAAGGUUUUGUGAGUCUCCGACUAGUGACUUGGAGAUGAGAAAUGGUAGAGGCCGUGGGAAGAGGAUGAGGCCCAAUACCAACACGCCAGUGAAUGAGAAUAGCAACUCCUCUGACAACAAGGGCAGCAACAAUAGCAAGACCCGUGCAGGCUCCAAUAGCAAGGGUCGUCGUGGCAGCCAGAACUCUUCGGAGCGCCGAACCCCACCCAACAGCAACACAGAGGAUGUCAAGGCAAGCCCUUCCUCUGCAGGCAAACGUAAGAGUAAGCCUGCCUCUGACAUGGAGCCGAACUCAAGUUCUGAAGACACCAAGGGCAACAAACGCAUGCGCACAAACUCCAGUAGUGGAGGGGGACCUCUCACCAUGCCUAUCCCCAACAUCAAGACAGAGUCACUCCCCCCUCCACUAGACCGCAACUGUACCUCUCCGGUGCUCAUUGACUGCCCACACCCCAACUGCAACAAGAAAUACAAGCACAUAAAUGGCUUGAAGUACCAUCAGGCUCGUGCUCACAAUGAUGAUGACAUCAAACUGGACAUGGAUGGGGAUAGUGAGUAUGGGGAAGACUCAACUCUGCAUCCUGAAUCAGGAGGAUGCAAUGGAGCCUCUAUCUCUCAGAAAGGCUCUCUCUCCCCAGCUCGAUCUGUGACGCCCAAAGGGAGGGGGUUUGAUGCUCAGAGCCCAUCUCCUUCCCCGGGGAAGUUUGGUUCUAAGCAGACAAACAAAAAGAGGAAUGGGGAUGUGGAUCCAGAGGCGUGUGGUACACCCAUGGAUGGCUGUGAAGAAGGCCCUUGUCUGACUGAUGAGGCAAGCAAUGAUGGAGUGGACGACAAGAAAAGCCUAGACAAGGACAAAUCUAAAAAGUCUAGCAAUAGUGCCAAGUCUGACAAGCUACAGCAGAAGAACAUUAAAUCAUCUAGGCCCCUGCCUCAAACUAUACCACCUCAACAGCUGUACUCGCUGCAAGCCUCACCUUUCCCAGGUGGAAGCCCAGGCAACCCUGGCCAAGGAAUGAGCUCACCAAUGCAGGGUAUCCCCAAAAGCCCUCAGCUGAAAGCUAUACAGCCUAAGCCCUCAGCCAUGGGAGAUCCCUCUGCUAUGAGCCCUGCUAUGAGUGGCUCCAAGGAUAAGAAGAAGAAAGACAAGAAAAAGAAGGAUCCAGGGAAGGAGGCCGACAGUCCUAAGCCAUCUGGUAAAGUAGGAAGGCCUGAUGGGGGAAAGAGUCCAUACUCAGAAUCUUCAGACCCUGGAGGCAAGAGCGACAGCCUCCUGAAUGGCUCAGACCCACACCAGAGUCGCCUGGCCAGCAUCAAGGCUGAGGCAGAUAAGAUCUACAGCUUCUCGGACAAUGCCCCCAGUCCAUCCAUUGGUGUGGCCAGUCGGAUUGACAGUGGUGGGGUAGGGCCACCACUAAAUCCCUUGCAUGUGGUCACCCAGAAUGGGGCUGACAAUUCUUCAGUGAAGACUAACAGCCCAGCCUACUCUGACAUCUCAGAUGCUGGAGAGGAUGGGGAAGGCAAGCUCGAGGGAAUGAAAAACAAGGCUGAAGACCAAGCCGUGAGGGAGGGAGCCAAGAAGGCCCUCUUUGCUGCCCAGCCUCCUAACAAGGAGUCUCCAUACUAUACCAGCUACGAAAACUACUAUUCCCCCAACUACACCAACCCCAGCCCAGGUGCUGCUAACACUGGUGGCCCAAUGGUAGAAGGCCCAAGUGUGAAGAUCAAGAAAGAAGAGGACUCCGAGCACCAGAGCGAGGAGAAGGGGAAGCUAGAGCUGCAUGAUGAGCGCAAAGCUGAGCUCUGCGCCCAAGGCCAACAGCAGCCACAGCACCCUCAGCAGCAGCCCUCAGUCAUUCAGCAACGCUCCAAUAUGUACAUGCAGCCUCUCUACUACAACCAGUACUACAUACCACCUUACGGAUAUACAGAUCAAGUUUACCAUAACCACCUGAUGAACACCAACUCUGCUUACCGGCAACAGUAUGAGGAGCGGCAGAGGCAGGUGGCUGAGCAGCACCGGGCUGUAGAGAAGAAGUCAUCAGAGACACCCUCAAAGGAGAGGGAAGGUCAGCUAGUGAAGGAGGAGUGGAAGCAGAAGGCUUCAGGGCCCCCUGCUCUUUCAAAAGCUCCCAGCAUGUCUGACUUGGGUAAAUCUCAGCCGUUGUGCGGCAAGCAGAAAGACGCUACUUCCUCUAUGGAGGGCAACAAGUCUGUCAUCAUCCCCAAGAGUGAAGAGUCCAAAAUGGCCUCCCAGCAGGCUGAGGGCCUCAAGAUGAAGCUGAGUGAGGGAGGACACCAUGGCAAAGAGGAGCCGAAGACAAGCAUGGAGUCAGGCAGACAACCAGGCAUGGAGCAGGCCAUGUGGUACAGACAGGAUGCUUAUGUCUACCCCAACAAGUUCCCAGAUGCGCAGAAGCAGCAGAUGGAGGAGGAUCGUGAGCGAGAGCGUAAGUGCAAGGAUGAAAGGCCCAGGCCCAACAAAGAAGAGAGCAAAGACGGCCCUGAUCCCCGAACUUCAGUCGCCUCCUCUGAGGAUCACAGAGGGCCUCAGAAAGACCCUCGACCGAACACACACAUGCAGUUCCCCUCUUCCUUGGCCCAACACCAGCCAUACGUGCCAUACAUGCAUGGCUACCCCUACAGUCAGGGUUAUGACCCCAAUCACCCUGGAUACAGAGGCAUGUCUUCGGUUAUGAUGCAGAACUACCCAGGCUCCUAUCUGUCAGCGGGAUAUCCCUUCUCCCCAUAUGGUGGGAAGGUGAAUACCGGCGAGGAAGGAGAGAAGUCCCGUGCUAGUCCAACCGUGAGCAGCAAGGCAGCAUCAGAGUCCAAAGCUCUGGACAUUCUCCACCAACACGCAAGCCAGUACAAGAGCAAGUCCCCCACUGUUGGAGACAAGCCACCGUCACAUGAACGUGAGCGUGGAGGCAGCGAGCGAGAUCGGGAGCGGGACCGGGAUAGGGAACGAGACCGGGAGAGAGAGAGGGACCUGGAUAGGCCGCGCUCUUCCCCUUCACAGCGCGUCAUGCCCUCUCAUCACCACCUCGGAUACCCCUUGCUCUCUGGACAGUAUGACCUCUCCUAUGCCACAGGUCUGUCGUCAUCUGCCAUCGUCGCCAGCCAGCAAACCUCAGCUCCCUCACUGUAUCCGCCUGCACGGAGGUGAGAACGGGAGACCUGACAUCACCACCUCACUCUCGCAAAUGUACAUGUGACUGGCUCACAUGGGGACAUAUAUGGAGUUCAUUUAGACAUCAGUUGAAUGGUGUUUCUAUAUUUUUAUUUUUUCUCUUUUCCUCCUGCCUGAAUGUGUGGCAGACUUGAUGUUUCCGAGCAUCUAUAACCUCCGAUCCCAACGCGGACCGCAAGACCAGUUUCAAAGCCAUCUUUCUCCGCUGACAAAAGCAGCCUGCCACUGAACUAUAUUCUGCACUGUCAAAAAGCCAUGCAAGAAAAAAAGAGACCAUCCCAUUGCCUGUCUGGCCUUUUAUUCAUGGAAUACCUUUUCUCGUGCGGAAUGCAGGCCAGAGAUGAGGAAUCUGGUUUGCAGUGGUUGAAAUAAUAAAUAAAAACUGUCGGAAGAAAAAAAAAAAAAAAAAA